CGUCUUUAGAUCCUACAUCUCAUUCAUUGGACGUUGCUUCAUCAGUGCGCGUAGUCUAAAUAUUGGCAAAAUGAUAGUUGACGUUUGUUUGGUGUCAUUAUUUCUUGCUGUAGUGAAUGCUAGAAUUGAUUGUGGAAGCCGUGUGAAACUUGAAGUUGACUUUGAGAACAUCCAGUCGCAUGGAAUAUCUUAUAAGAAAGCAACCGUCAGGAAAACCACCCCAGUAAAUUUAGUUUUCAAUGUGAUUGCUGAGCGAAAGCCGAUAGAAAUCGAAUCAAUUGAUUGGACGUACAAUAAUGUAUCAAUCAAUAUUGGUGACAAUGAUAAUCAAGAUAUAUAUUAUUCAACUGAGAAAGUUAGCUCAGGUUUUACUAUUACAUUACAUAUCAAAGCGCCAACCUCCCGUGUUGCUGGGACCUGGAUUCUUACAGUAAAUGCAAAGGAUAAUUCUAAACAUGUUGGCUUUUGUUAUAUUUCGUCUCAACCUGUAAUUCGCUCCAGAUUUGGGGCUGUUCGUGGUCACGAAGGCAAUCCAUUAUCUGUUCUCUGUGAAGUUGAUGGCUUCCCAGAACCAAAUCAAGUUGUUUGGAGACGUGUAAUUGAAAAUGAAGAUGAUGCGACUAAGAACAGGCUAGUUUCUGUUAGCAAUGCUAUGUUCAAACCGCAUGAGAGCACUAAAGAUGCUAUUAUGGAAUGGACUGAUGCUUCAGAUGCUACUGGAUUUUAUAUGUGCACAGCAACAUCAACAUUAGGAUCAGACAGUUUAUUGCUGGAAGUUCGUAUCAAAAGUAAAUUGGCUCCUUUAUGGCCAUUCAUUGGAAUUAUAGCUGAAUUGGUGGUACUUGGUAUUAUAAUAUUGAUUUAUGAACGUACUCAAGCUAAACGUCGUCGUGAAGAAGAACGGACUACGUUGUUAAAACAAAAUCCAACAAAUGAUCGAUGUUAAACAAAUCCGCUAAUUCCUUGUGAUUGAAUCACAUCUGCGUUUGUUCACCUCGUUCCCUGUCAUGUGGUUUUCAGCGUCAGUAAUAGUCUCAUUUCAGUACUGUUUUCUUUUAAAAACAACAUUUAUUUGUGUGUUUGCUUGCUUUUUAUUUUUCUUCCUUAUCAAGUGGCAUAUGUUUGUACGUGUAUGUGUGUGUAUGCAAGUAUGCACGUGCUCAUGUUUGUAUCUAUGCCAUUAUUGGCAUUGAUACUUAGGUAUUCUCAUAUUCAGAUUGGCAAGAGUAUUAGCUCAUUUGUACGCCGACUGCUGUUAUUAUUAUUAUUAUUAUUAUUAACAUGAUAAAGGACAUGGAUAUUUGCUUUUAUUUUCACAUGUCACUUAAUUUCUUAUUCUGAUUGACACUUCAAAAAAAGAAAAGAAGACCUUAUAGUUUUACUCUAUGCGUACUGUUUAUCCUUAUUAUGAUUAAAAUUAUUAUCGUCGUUUUCUUUUUUGUGCUGUAUUACUUAUUUCUGUGUUUCCAGCAAAACCUCUUCACCAACUAAUUUAUCUGAUAUAUUUACUUGCCUAUAACAAAAAUGGGAAGAUUGUUUGUUUGUUCGUUUGUGUGUGUGUGUGUGUUGAAUACAGAUGAAUAUUUGAAUCCUACACAUAUACAUCUUCUCUAUACCGUGUAGUGUAAUGAAGAUAUACAACUUAUGUAAUCAUUGUUCGUUUUUUUCUUUAAUUAUUUAGUUAUAUCAUUAUUUUACCCUUAAAUGUAUAAUUUUAAUUUGUAUCUGAUUUGUUCAUUAUAUUUAUUCAUUGUGACUGGAUUGUUUGUUUGUUUGUUUUUCUGUACUCCUUUAGAACAGCUUUAUCUUACAAUAUAAAGAUAAAUAAAUUAUAUAUUUAGUUA